AUGGAGGACCCUCUCAUUCAAGCAUUGCCUCCGGCCACGGACUACCUAACCUAUCUUACUUUGUUAGAAUAUCAGCUUACUCCUGAACGUCUACCGCUUUUGCACACUCUCCUGCAAGAUGAGAAGCUCACGACAAACAUCGGCUGGGACCUGGUUAAGCUGCUCCUACCUAUGCUACCUGCAUCUACAGAAUGCCUACAGGAUGUGGCUCGGCUAGGCAAUCCCAGAGAAGUGAUUUUGCGCGUCUCUGAGUCUCUCAUGCAACUGCAGCCGGAGGAUGAGGACGAGGACGAGAGGGCUGAUCAGGGACUGCCCCUGCACAUCCUGCAAUUCAAUUGCCUUCUCGGAAUGCUCUCGGUACUUCACACACGGAUCCAGACGAAAGCGCCAAGUCGUUUCAUCGCAACCUCCCUCCAAGCUGCUCUAGAAGCAUAUACCACAAUGGCGACCAACGAGACCACCCUGGCCUUCCUUGAGUUCUUCCGCGAAGUGUCUCCCUCCAAGCGGCCCGCACCACCUCCCAGAGCUGCCAGUGAAUCUAGCGUGCUGAGAGUUGCUGCUGCUUCAGCCCCAGACCCCGAGGCGGAGGUAUCUUCGCCCUCUCCUUCUGCCGAUAACGAGACCCUCCUUGUUCGGAAAUUCAUCCAAUUCGGCUUGCUUGAACUGCUAAAGUCAUAUCUUUUGAGUUUCUCCAGUCCUAUGGAUCCAGGAAUGUCGUGGACUAUUCGGAUGCAAGAACAUCUGCAUCCUGAUCUGCGCCUACCGAUCGCCCAAUCGCAGACCGAGGCAUAUGGAUCGACCAAGGAGCUCAAGGAGCGCGAUAUGAUCAUGGGGAAGCUUAUGGCUUUAUCACGAGACGUUGGAAUUGAUAACGAGGAACUCCUGUCGAUCAUAUCCGGAUCCCCGACAGAUCAAACUGCUCAACUUGACUUCGAUGACCCACCAACAAGCCCCAAUCAGAUUCCGCUAGAACGUCAUGGCUCACUCCUACUACUAGCGGCUCGGGCUGCAGGCACAACCCUCUUUGGCUCUGGGCAGCCGCCCCGUCGGGUAUCCGUUUUCCCUGAGCUGGCUCUGAUAUUUAACAACUUUGUCGGCGGCCAAACCAGUCUCGACGAAGUGGCUUUUGGUCAACCACACGUGCUUCUCGACUCCCUGUUGGCUUUGGCCGUCUACUCUUUGCAACCCCCAUCGAAGCCCCGUCAAGCGAUGCCGACACGCCAAAGCCACGGCAUCGUUCGCCAGAUUCCAGCCGCCAUUGUCCAGAGCCACCCAUCGCCUGAGACGCGGUUUAAACUUAUACACAAGAUCUUGGAAGAUGACCAUCUUGCCUCGGCGCGGGAUAGCGCCAUUGCAUGGCUGAAGGAAGAACUGCUCCCCAGCCCCACUAAAUCUUCCGAAAAUAUAUUCCAAGAUCCGCUUUACUUCUGGGCUCUUUUCCCGGCUCUUUUCAAACCGGCUACUGCCGCCAGCUCAGCAUCCGAUCUCGUUGCUAGUUGGUCUCGUCUGACCCAGACUCAAGGUCCACCGCUUCAUUCCGCAUUGAAUUUGUACUACUUGCUGCUUUCUUCGCCAUCGCUACGCGAACGGCUUCAUCUCGAAAAGACCUUUAAGUUCUUCCGCGGCCAUGUCUUGGACCCUCUCAGGCAAGUAUUCCGGAGCUUUGAAGGCGAUCUCAUCGCUAAAGGAGGCGAGGGUGUUAUCGAAGCUGCGGUUGGAGAGGAGAUGUGCCAGAUAGGCAAUGCACGGUCUGUGGGGCUUAUCGGUCUUACACUAGACCAAAUCGAGGAGGCAGCUAGUGAUGCAUUUGGUUCCGAUGAGGCGGAUCUGGCUGAAUACUCUGAGGCUGAAGAGGCCAAGGUGUCUGAGAUUCGGAAGAAGAUUGAUAUCUGGAAAUAA